AUGGGGUUUUACAGUUAUGUCCUUGAAUCUACGUCAGAAGUAAGUUGAGUUUAUGUUUGUUAUUUUAAAAUUAAAUUUAGGUAAUUUCCGGUAUUAAUGUUUUUGUUUGAAAAGGAAUAAGAUGUUGUAGUAGACAUCUGAUGGUUGCUUUAAAAAUGUUAAAGUUUAUGCUAAUUUUUGGACGUUUUAGCUGCCAACAGUGCUUGUACUAGCUUCAGGACUAUCAUUUGCAUGUCUCAUAGCAUUUUUAGGAUCAUUGUUGAUAUCAAAAUUAAUCGCUUGGCGUAAGUUUAUCUUCAUCGUGGUUAACAUAUCUUUUUUGUUUUUUUCUUAAGUUUUUGAUACUUCCUGAUGCCAAUGUACAGCUAAUUGAAGUAAAAUUGCAUUCUUUAGUAUUUCCACCAGAAUCUCAUGAAGAAGCAGAUAUCUCACCAUCGCCUUCGGGCUCGAAUUUGGCGACAGAAGGCGAACGUCCUCGGGGCUCCAGACGGCGUCGCAUUCGUCGAGCAAUACGACGAAUGUAUUCGAAUAUAAUGGACGAUGAUGGUAGUAGGUCGAGUGAUGAAAACUCUACACCGUCGAAUAAUGGGCAGCCGGUUCGAAGGCGACGACAUUCGGCCAGUGGGCCGUUGAAUUUCGCUCGAGCUGCCAAAGAGUAAGUGUAAUAUAACUUUAACUUGUUGUAACUUUUUGGAAGGAAUUGAUAGAGAUUACAAAAUUUGGGUGAUUUUAGAGUAUUUAUUUGGCUAGCUAACGUAAAAAAGAAAAUUUAAAAUUUUUCGAGAUUGGCAAAGUUACAGUAGUUUUAUCGUACCCUACUUUUUUUCAAAAAUUUUUGUUGUUUUGAAAAAAAUUUAUAAAAAUGUGAUUUUAGUAAUACGAAGAAUAACAAAAUUAUUGUUUUAGCUUCCUCCGUGGCCGAUCAUUCCGUCGAAGAACGUCUGAAUCCCGUGGAGCACUCCCCCGACCUCCACAAGAGUUCUUCGAACCUUCAGCACGACCAGCAGUACCACAUGAUAUGUCGCCUGAACUGUUCUACCUAAAACACAAUCUCAGCAUGUUGGAACUGCCCGAGGAUUGGCCUUUAAGACAAUCUGACAUCACAAUUCGAGAGGUUAAGGACGAUCAAGUUAUUUGUCAGCCAGGUGAUCCAGAUGACUCAAUUAUUGUGGUGUUGGAGGGCUCACUGUCAGUUUAUAUAUCACUAUCAGCGGGUAAAACAGUCAUGGUGAAGCGGAUUGAUCCAGGUCAAGGUUUUUGUUCACUUUUGUCGUUAUUGGAUCUGUUGAUGGACAUUCCAAGCAAGUUUAAGACGGUCUCGGUUAAGGCUAACGAUGUGGGCAAAAUUGCUAUGUAAGUUGAGGUUUUGGUGAUUUUUGGGGGUUUUGGUUGAUUGAAUUAUAUUUUUUGAUGUUUUGUGGUUAGAGUGAUAUCUUUUCUGUCAAAUUGUGUGAUUUUGUAGGUAGCGGUCAAGUAGUUUACCUAAAAUUUUGGCUUUUGUGGCACUUACUAUAAUAUAAGACUAAAAUAAGGUUUUUUGGACUAUUUUUCGAUUUUUGAUGACUAAAACUAAUUUUUUGACGUUUUUUAGUUACGUUAAUAUCUUUUGUUUAAAAAGCUAUGAUAUUUCAUGAGCAGCAUCCGUAUUUUACCUAAAAUCUCACUUUCUUCACCACCUAUCUCACUAUAGACAUCAAGGAUAAUAUUGCUUUAUAUCUUUCUGAAUUUUAGAUAUUCUUUCCACAAAUUCCGUCAAGAUUUUAAAGAAAGACCUUAUAUUUGGACCAGGCCGAUCCAAAUCAUCUGUACUAGGUUGCUACAAGUAACAUUGACCACUUUAAAUCAACAUCUGGGCUUGGGAGAGGAGCUACUCAAAAGGGUAGGUUUUGGGUAGAAACUUGGAUUUUUAGGUAUUAGAAUUGUUAGUUUAGGUAACAUAAAGGCUUUAUAAAGCUGUAAAUGUAUGGUACCAAGUUUAUUUUAGGCUUAAAAUGGUACUUUUGGUACAAAAAGCAACUUUUGCCUUUAAAAAUUUUGUUUUUUGAGAGAAUUUCAUCUUUUUUACAUGAUAACUCUGCCAAAACUUAUCAUACCCCUACAAAAUUACAGUAUCACAUACUUUAGAGACUGGACGACAAGUUCGAUGACAGGCAUCGUCAUGUCUCCGGCCAGUCGGUCAGAGGAAACAAAAAUCGGCCACAGCUCCGCCAACGACGAAUGAGCAGCAGCGAUGGUAGGUUUCACUUUUUGGCGGGAUUUUUGAAUUUUUAGGCUGAUUAUAAUAGUGAUAUGGAUGAAAAAGAUAUCGGAGGUUGAUUCUGAAGGUAGUUGAUAUUGUUUUAGUAAACUUGAUCGCACGAUUCUUCAACUUUUUAUCGGUUUUUUGAAAGUUUUAGGGGAUUUUUGGGGAAAAUUUUAGUUUUUUUAAUUAAAAAUGACAUUUUUUAUCAAUGAUUGGUAAUUUUUGACUUUGGAUAAUGUCAUACUGUAUCUUCUACAUCUUUUGAACAGUUUUUCAGUUUUCGUCUUUUUCAAAAAAUGCCACUUUUGAUCAAAAAAGUCUUGCACGGUGCAAUUUUUAAAAAUUUUGCACAGUGCAAGCUUAAAAAUGCCUUGAAUUUCCUGUGUCAUGUCUCAAUACCUCAACUUAUCACUGAACUUUUCAAUAUUUCCUCGACCAUUUCCAGCACUGUUAACUAAAAUGCGCGGCCCUCUGACCCAUUGCGCUUCCAUCGACGAAACUUCGGCCGUUUUGCGGCGAAAAGACUCGCGACGAAUCCGCGAAAUGCCCAUAAUCGAGGGUUAGUUAGUGUGACGAGUCGUAGCUUAUGAUUUUUAAAAGGUUUUUGAACGCUGUUUUUUUUUUUGGUUGGUCAAAAGUUCUUGGAAGAUUUUUGAGGGGGGGGGGGAGGUUAAAAUUGCAAUUGAAAUUUUUUAAAUUUUUAAAAUUUAUUUUUAAUUUUAAUUUUUAAAAACAUUUUUUCAAAGCUUUUUUAUAAUUUUUGCAAUUUUUUAAUAUUUUUUGCACCGUGCAAAGUUAUAAACAUUGCACUGUGCAGUCACUGUGUAUGACUGCACGGUGCAGUCUAAAAAGACCUUUGCACUGUGCAAUUGUAAAAUAGGCUUUUGCACGGUGCAACUUUUAUUUAUAACAGCACUGCAGUCUAAGUAAAACUCUUGCACUGUGCAAACCUAAAAACAUUGCACCGUGCAGCUCUUAUAACAUUUAUAACUGCACGGUGCAGUUUAAAAGGCUUUGCACAGUGCAGUCUAAAUAGAUCUAUUGCACGGUGCAAUCAAGAUAGCCAUUGCACGGUGCAAUAAUUUUUUUGAAUUAAUCCUGCACCGUGCAAUAGAAGUCAAGCUCUAAAAAGUUUUUAAAAAUAAUUCCGAGAACUUUUGAUUAAACUUCCUACUAAAAAUAGGUACAAAAACGAUUUUUCUGGUUGAUGUUGUGAGUGCCGGUUUCGUUGUGGUUUCAAGCCCCUUCUUUGGACUAUUUUUAGUUAUUUUAUGGAUAUUGUGAUUGAUAGUUGGUCAUUUUUUCUAUUAUUGUGGAUUUUAUAUUGUGAUAUGCUUCUUCAAUCUAUUGCACAUUGAUUUAACGCUUAUUUCUGUUGAUUUUAGGUAACAAUUUUUUUUGGAUUUAGGUAUGAAAUUUUAUGUUUUGGCGGUUUUUAAGAUUCCUGGGGGAUUUUUAGGUAUAAAAUAAGGUUUUUAAAGUUUUUUGUUACCUAAAAUACGGAGUUUUAAGUCUUUUUGGCUAAAAAACCUGGUUUCGUGGCUUAACUGUUAUCUAAAAUAAGGUUUUUUAAAUAUAAGUUGGGCUUAAUACAGGAUUAUAUAUUUUAAAUGUUACCUAAAAUUAUGUUUUUAACUCUGUUUUGGCCAAAAACAAUAUUUUUUACUCUUUUUGUUACAUAAAAUUUGAUUUUUUAGCUUUAUUUUGAUCUAAAACAAACUUUUAUACUUUUGAUGUUACCUAAAAUAAGGUUUUUAGCUAAUUUUUUGACUUUAAAGGAAGUUUUUUGGGUUUUUUGUUACCUAAAAAUUGGUGUUUUGGCCAAAGAAUGGGUUUAUUGGCUUGAUUUUGACAUAAAACAAGGUUUUGUUGGCAUUAUUUUGGCCUAAAACAAGGUUUAUUAACAUUAGUUUGGGACUGGCUCAAGGUUUUUUGGCAUGAUUUUGACCUAAAACAGGCUUUCUUACUCUUUAAUUUGACCUAUAGCGAGGUUUGUUACCUUUUUUUGCUCUAAAACAAGCCUUUUUACUAUUACUAUUACCUAAAACAAGAUAACCAUGAAGCUUUUGAGUGUAGUGCAAUAUUGUGAUGCCCUGAUAUUGUUCCUCUCGAUCUAUCACAGCCUAACACAACUAAUACAACCCAAUUUUAGACCAGGCCGACCUCCAAAACACGGCCGUUAAAUGGUUCGGCGAAGCGUUACAGCUAGCCCAAGUCGAUGCGCAACGCCUCCUGACCGGUCGAUUAACCGUGAAACACUACGAAGACGGCCAAGUCCUGGUCGAACAGGGCGCGGUCGAAAACGCCCAGUUGAUAAUGGUGGUUCAUGGCGCAUUAAAAGUGUCACAAGAGGCGGAUGAAGAGGAUAAUGAAGCCGACCAGACCUAUAUGACAUUCGUACAGCCAAAGGAACUGGUUGGGGGACUUCAGGUAAGGAAGAGUGUUGAGAGUUUUUCAAUAGGAGGUGGUAGGGGAAGAGGGAGGUUUGUGAGAAAGGGGGGGGAGGGGGAGGGGUAAAAAAUGAAAUUUUGUGAGAGGGGGAGGGGGGUUAAAACUUUAAAUUUGUGAGAAGGGGUGGGCGGGGUGUUAAAAACGAAAGUUUGUGAGAAGGGGGUGGGGGGGGGUAAAAAAUGACAUUUUGUGAGAAAGGGGGGGGUGGGGUAAAAAAUGAAAAUUUGUGAGAAGGGGGGGGAGGGGUAAAAAAAUGAAAAUUUGUGAGAAGGGGGGGGGGGGGGGGUUAAAAACGAAAGUUUGUGAGAAGGAGGUGGGCGGGGGUAAAAAAUGAAUUUCUUUUUGGGGGGGAAGGGUCAAAUCAAAAAAAAUUUUUGAAGGAUAGUUUCAUUAAAGGGUGGCCUUAAGAUGGGAUGAACAAAAAUUUUGGGGGUGGAAAUUUUUUUACCGUACUCCUGUCACUGCCGCUGCUCCCACUUCUACCCUUACUUCUUUCUAUCCUCUAUUCUGCCUUACCCAUAUCAACAUUACUCUACCCCUCCCUUGCCCCAUACCUACAUAGUAAUUAAUGUUGAUAUUGUUGUAGCUCCUGACCAACGAGCCCUCCUUCUUCAACAUUGCCACUUCAGGCCCAACUACGGUCGCCAUGCUGGAUCGCCAGGCCUUUGCGGAGCUGUUGGAUAUUCGACCGAAAAUUUGUCUACCGGUCGCUUCCUGGGUCCAUCGUCGUCUGUCGACCUUUGUCAGAGCGGUCGAUUUCGCAAUCGACUGGGUCCUACUCGACUCGGGCCAGGCCGUCUACCGCCAAGGUGAUAUGGCCGAAUCGCUUUUCGUGGUGUUAAGUGGUCGAUUACGGUCGGUCGAUAAAAAUACGGCAAUCGAAGAGUUUGGCCGGGGCGAUACACUCGGUAUGCUGGAGGUCCUACAACGAAAACCUCGCCAAACCACGGUGUUAGCGGUUCGAUACUCACAGUUGGCCAGAGUACCAGAGGGGCUAUUGAACUUUGUCAAGAUGCAGUUUCCACAGGUAAGGGCUUUUGUUAUUUUUUUGGGUGGGCGGGGUAAAAAAAAUUUUUUUAGGGGGGGGGUAAAAAUAUUUUUUUAGGUGGGAGGGGGUUAAAUUUAUUUUUUUAGGGUCGGGUGGUGUAAAAACUUGAUUUUUUUAAUGGGCGGGGUAAAAUGUUUUAGGGGGGUGUGGUAAAAAAAUUUUUUUUUCGAUUUUUUGUUUUGUAAAAAAAGGUAUUGCGAUUUCAACCUUUGUAAGGAAAGUUUUUGCGGUUUCAAGCAUUGUAAAGAAAGUUUCUGCCAUUUUCUUAAUUACAGGGUGCGCGCAAUGUUCUGUUACACGGUUUUUUAAUCAAAUAUUUUUUUAACAACAAAUAUAACUAAAACAACAACUAAAAAUAGUAACAUAUAGUACUAGUUAUAACAUAGUCAAUCGGUUUCGAUGUAUCCCCCCUUUGCGGCUUGGCACAAGCGUAAACGCUUCAAAAAGUUUUCAGCGACCGGCCGCUGUACCUCCGGUGACAGUUUGCCCCACUCUUCGAUCAAUGCUUGUUUAAAAGACUCCAAGUUUUGGUGUCUUCUACAACACACCCUAGCCUCCAAUAUCGACCACACACAAUAAUCCAUAGGAUUGAGAUUGGGAUAAUAUGGAGGCCAUUCAGCAGAUGCAACGAAGUCAGGAAAAUGGGUUCGACAUCACUCUUGCGUUGAUUUUGCUUUAUGGGCCGGUUCAGAGUCUUGCUGAAAGAUCCAUGCGGCACCUUUGAAGCUUCUGAGCUGAAGGGAGUACCACAGCUUCCAAAAUGUCGCUUUGAUACACUUCUUUGUUGAUCUUCACGCCUUCAUCGACAAAAAUCAAAGGAAUCUUGCCCGAAGCACAGAUACUGGCCCAAACCAUAAUGCCCCGAGGGUGUUGACGACUUGCCACGAUAGCUUCAGCUUUAGGAGGCUCUGUUGAGUAUUAUUUGUCAUUUUGGGGAUUGUAGGCCUCUGUACAAUGUAAAUAUCUUCUCAUCAGUGAAAAGAAUUCGUUCAUAUUUUUGACCAGCGGCCCGCUGCUGAAGCAGUUUACAUCUUUUGAAACGUACUGUCUUGUUUUCUUCAGUUAGCUUCUGAACUUUUUUGAGUUUGUACGUCUUUAUCUUAAGUUUCUUUCCCACUAUGCGCCCUAAAGUAGUUUCUUUGAUUCCCGUCCUCCGGCCCAUUUUUCGUACUGGGGCCCGUGGAUUUUGCUUGAAGCGCUUCUUGAUCAUCUGACGAUUGGCCAAGGUGUUAACAGAUGCUGGAGACCAACUUCUAGGUCCGUCACGGUCAUGUCUAAGCUCUUCAAAACGUUUUACGGCUCUGUGGACUGUCAUUCUUAAAAUAUUCAACAAUUUCGCGACUUUGGGGUUACUUUUUCCUUCAUUAUUUAUUUUGAUGACGGUAGCCCUCAUGUUUGACAUCUAAAUACAGACAGACGGCAGACUAUUGAGACUUAACUUUUAUGAUUAUGCAAUAAAAAAACCACGGAGAAUAAGACAAAAUAAACAAUUUUAAAUAAUCUAACCGCAACAUAUAGAAAACGACCGGUAAAGUUUUGUAACAGAACAUUGCGCGCACCCUGUAAAGACUAAAAUUUGCAUUUACAGGUCGGAUUCCGACUAGUCCGUCUACUAGGCCAGUUCUUCAGCGACUCCAAGCGGCCCAUCUCAAUGGCCCCACCCCACUCCAGCUACACCAUGGACCAAAGCGCGACGGAACCUCUAAGCCAGCUCAAGAACCUACAUACCAUAGCAGUGAUGCCGGCCUCAUUGGACGUACCCCUAACCGCCUUUACAUGCGAACUCUACCACGCCCUCAACACCCAAACCCGCGUCCUAAGGCUAAGUUCGAAGCAAAUCGCUCAAACUUUGGGUGAUUCGGUCCUCGAGAAGCAGGCCGACUUCCGGCUAAUGCAUUGGCUGAACGCUCAAGAAGACACUUACCCCCUGGUCAUCUACGAAUGCGACUACACGGCUACUAACUGGACUAGACGCUGCUUGAGACAGGCCGACUGCAUAUUGUUUGUUGGACUCGGGCAGGUCAAACCACCCAAGAAACAGUUUGUAAGUUUUUUGAAAGAUGGGGGGUACGGUAGGGUAAAGGGCAGUAGGGUAGGGUAAAGUAGGGCAGGGUCGGGAUGAGGAAUGAUAAGGACAGGGCAGUAGAGUAGGAUAGGGUAUGGUCGUGUAGGUCUGGGUAGGUUAAAGUAAGGUAUUUAUAAUAAGGUAACACAGAGUAUGAUGAGCUAUGGUAGUAUAAAGUACAGUAUGCUAGAUUAGAUUUGGGUGACGUUAUGACAUGAUAAGGGUAGGGCGAGGUAGAUUAUGAUAUGUUAAGGUAUGUUAGGGUAGGGUGGGGUACAGUAGUACAAAGUAAGGGUAAGGUAGAGUAGAGUAGGGUAGGGCAAGGCAGACCAAUAUAGGUUAGAGUAAGAUACGGUAAGGCAAUGGUAUAUUAAAGAAAGGCGUAUUGAUAUAAGGUACAGUAGGGUAGUAUAAGAUACGGCAGGUUAUAGUAGAGUCAGAUAUGAUAGAAUAAUACAGUAAUGUAAAAAUUUAAUUUCUGCCAUUUCCAGAUCGAAGACCAUCUAAAAAUGAACCAAGACGGUAUUCGAACUCGAAAAGAGCUGGUCCUAUUAUGGAAAGAGGAGUUCAAACAACCGACCGGCACCUUCAACUGGCUUAAAGGCAGCUGGUUCAGUGGACACUGUCACGUCAGAGCCAGCUCUCGAAUGUUCAAGUGGGGGUGGAACGCGGACGAGAAGGAGGUGAUACGGUACUACGAGGAGCACGUCUUCAACAAAAAACUCGAUUUUAAUUCGGAUUUCGCUCGUCUCGGCCGCUGCCUCACCGGCAACGCCGUAGGCCUGGUACUGGGCGGCGGCGGAGCGAGAGGUGCGGCUCAUCUCGGCAUUAUUAAGGUAGGUCUUGGGGUUGGGUUUGAAUGGUUAAUAUUUUGGAUUGGGCGUGGGUAGAAAAAAAUUUUUUUAGGCGGGGUAAUUUUUUUAAAUUUUGGAGAGUGGGGGGGGAUAGUUUUUUUUUGGGGUGGGUAUGAAUGUGGCUUUGAGUUGGGCGGGGUAAACGCUUAUUUUUUUGAUUGGGGGGGGGGCACUUUUUUGUAACGUUUUUUUGAUUUUGAUAGCAGAAAAAUUUUUGUUUGUGACUUUGGGUCAUUUUCUUGUGACAAGGAUUGUUUUUUUGGGCGUGGUAUUUUUUAAAAAUUUUUUUGAAAGGGUGGUUUUUUGUUUUUUAUGGCUAUGCAUGUUAAUCCCAAGCCUAUAAAACCCGUAUUUUAGGCCAUCCGCGAACACGGAAUACCAGUCGAUAUUGUGGGCGGCACUUCCAUCGGCGCAAUGAUCGGCGGAUGCUUCGCGGACAACCCCCACCUGGACGUGGAGGAGCGGGUCAAGGGCUGGUUCUCGGUUAUGUGCGUGCUGUGGCGCAAAAUCAUGGAUCUCACUUACGCGUACUCGGCCAUGUUCACUGGUGCUGGCUUCAACAAAACGUUGCAGGAUCUGUUCGGCGACCGUAAUAUUGAGGACAUGUGGCUACCCUACUACUGUAUCUCAACUGAUAUAUCGUAGGUUUUUUAGUUUUUUUUUGGGUAGGGGGCUGUAGGAUAGGGCAGAGUACUGUAGAUUAGAGAACUGUGGAGUAGGGUAGGGUAGCGUGGGAUAAAUUAAGGCAGAGUAGGAUACGGUAGAGUACGUUAGUGUAGAAUAGGGGUACGGUAGGGUAGAUUAGGGUAAGUUAGAAUAGAGAAACCUUAAGAAGGGUAUGUUAGAGUAGGACAUCUUAAGGUAGGAAAUUUUAACACGAAAAAUCGGUAUGUGACGAAAUGUUAAAAAAGUUAUUGGAUUUUUAGAAAGCCUCAAUUUCUUCGGAAAAGUUAUAAUAUUACUGUAUUUUUAUAUUUCAAUGCAAUUUUAGUCAUUUUUUACUGAUGGACGAAAUGUCACAAAAAUUAUUGGUUUCAUUUUUUGUGCUAUAACUUUGAAAAAAGCAUUAAUUUUUCGUUUAUAAAGAAAGUUAUUGCUAUAAUCAAUUUAACCUUAUUUUUUUAACUUACAGUAUUAAUUUCUUAACUUACAGUACCUCCGAAAUGCGAGUACAUCGUCAAGGACCAGCGUGGGCCUACGUCCGUGCCUCAAUGUCGCUGGCCGGUUACCUACCCCCGCUCUGUGACCCCAGCGAUGGUCACCUCCUCCUGGAUGGUGGCUAUGUCAACAAUCUACCGGCCGAUGUGAUGCGAAGCAUGGGCGCGAAGUGUGUGUUUGCCUGUGACGUCGGGUCAACAUCCGAGACCAAUCUCUACAACUACGGUGACUCGUUGAGCGGCUUCUGGGUGCUGAUGAAGAAGCUGAACCCCUUCUCCGAACCCAUCUCCAUCCUCAACAUGGAAGAGAUCCAGACCCGGUUAGCCUUCGUCUCCUGUGUGCGACAGCUGGAGCAGGUCAAGAAGGCGCCGUACUGUCACUACCUCCGGCCCAACAUCGACGGCUACAAGACGUUGGAGUUCAACCGCUUCGACGAAAUCCUCCAAGCCGGCUUCGACUACUCGGCCCACGCCAUGGCCGAACUGGUCGCCAACAACGACAACGUGAAGUCGGUCAUGAACCCGGACAUCCUGAAGAGUCUGACCAGGAAGAACCGGCGAAGAGAGCGGGCCCAGUCCAUGCGAAACUCAUUCACCGACCUGGCCGCCCAAAUCUCCCGCAUCCCCAACAAAAAGUACACGGGAUCGUUGACGGACGUAAGCGUGUUCGAUGAGGACUGGAUGGACGAUGAUUGUAAGUUAAAGGUUUAUAUUAGAGUAGGUGGUCAAUAUUGUAGUAGAGGGUUUGAAGAUGGAUAUUAUACUUGAGCUAUGUUGUAGUAGACGGAUAAGAUUGUAGUAGAGGGUUAAUGUUGUAGUAGAUGGUUUGAGUAUGAAAAACUGAGUUUUUAAAUUUAGGGUAAGGAUGAAUUGAUGAUGAUUGUAAGCUAAAGGAUCAUGUUAUAGUAGGUGGUCAAUGUUGUAGUAGAUGGUUUGAGGAUAGAUAUUAUACUUGGUCUAUGUUAUUGUAGAUGCUUAAUAUUGUAGUAGACGGUUUGAGGAUUGAAAACUGAGUUUCAAUGUUAGGCUAAGUGGGUUGAGUUCUUCUUGAGGUACUGUAUGUUUUAGGUACGGUAUACUUUGGUCAUGAUAGUUUGGGUACUGUAUGAUUUAGGACAGUAUGUGGGGUAUAGGGAAAUAGGGGGGGGACAGGGGUACGGUAGGUGGGGUAUGGUAGACUUUUCAGGGUAGGAUACAGUAAGCGUCUUAAAAUUGGCUUACUCUACCCUACAUUUCUCUACCGUAUCUUAUGUUAUUUUAACAUUCUCUACCUUGCCCUUCCAUACCCUAUCCCCUACCCUCUACCAUACCCAAAGUUACCCUACCAUAACGUAACGUACCGUGUUCUGCUUUACAAUAUUUUUUUUUCAUUUUUUAAUUUUACUCUAUCCUGACCUAUUCUACCCUACCCGACUUUACUCUACCUUACCCUAUUCUACCCUACCUUACCCUACUUUACUCUACCUUACUCUUUACCUUACCCUACUCUUACUGUAGUGAAAUGAGUGAUUAAAAAGUAAAUAGGGUUUUUUGAUGAAGUUUAAAAAAAAUUUUUUAAAAUAUUUUUUUGAAAUUUUAAAAUGGUCGAUUUUCAGACGAUUCGAGCGAAUUCGACUCCUACGACGACAUGAGCGAAGCCGAAACGGACGCGGACCUGAACGCCACAACACGAACUCAAACCCCAUUAAUUUAG